GUGGCUACCUGUGGGGGCGUGUCCCCAGGUGCAGCUCCGAGGCGGCCCCGCGGCCCCGGCGCGGCGGGGCUGCCCGGUGGGAGCGCGGCGGGCAGCGCUCGGGCUCGGCCGCCAUGAAGAAGCAUCACUCGGUACAGGGCACUUUCAGCCGCCUCUUCGGCAAGCGGCACGCCAGCCCCACCGCUUCUUCGUCCUCCUCAUCCUCCUCCUCCCUCUUCGCUACCAACCCGCCCUGGAUCUUCUCGCAGGAGGUGUCCUCGGACAGCGCGGGGGGCACCGGUGAGGUGAUUGAAGUGUACUAUGGGGACAAUCGCUUUGGGACAACAACUGACUCUGGCACAGCAACACUUAAACCUCGUCCGAGAGUCCGGCCGCUCCUGACUUUCUUACCCCUUAAUGCCCAGGAGUCACACGGGGUGCCUGUGCCAACGCCAUCGGUGCCAGAGGGCUUUGAGGAAAAAGCAGCUCUUGGCUCUGGCUCCCAGAUCAAUGGGAACCACCGAAUGUACAGCUCGGUGGGGGACCUGCGCCCGCAGGCUCUUGAGGAGAAUGACCUGGAUGAAGACAUCCCUCCACCACCAUCGGUGCCUCCACCACCCCCUCCAACGACGCCAGCGCCUGCGCCACCACCUCCAGCCUCGCCAGCCCCUCCACCACCCGAAAUGCUGCCGCCACCACCACCACCGCCUGAGGUGGUGCCGCCACCGCCUGAGAUGGUGCCGCCACCUCCCGCUGUGGCACCUCCACCACCUCCGGGCUCUGCUCUGUCCUCCCCCAGCACACCGGCUCCUCCAGACUUCAUCCCACCAGCCCCACCAGGUGCCUUGCAGCCCAGCCGUACCCUGGCACCCUUCACCACCGGCAUCUCCAAGUGGAAGUCUGAGACGAUGUUGAACACGAGGCAAGCAGAUGCCGAGGGGCCGCUCUGCCCUGCUGAGACUGUGCCGGCUGACCCCAGCCCGAAGGAAAGCGUGCAGCCCAAGCAGUGCCCUGAGCCCCACCUCACCUUCCCCAGGUCCUUCAAGGUGCCCCCGCCAGCCCCAGCCCGCUCGUCCUCCAUCCCCGUGCAGGAGAGCCAGCCCAGCCGGCAGGAGCCCUUCGCCCGGCAGCCUCACGCCCGGCCGCCUCUCCCACCCUGCUUCACCAUCAGACCCGCAGCCAAGGCUUACGCAGGAGGAGAAGCCGAGCAAAGGAAUUCCGUGCUGAGACAAACCACCGCGAAGCCGGCUGUGCCCACACCCCCACCGCUAAGCCCCAAGCCUGGUCCAGGGCUUGGCCAGGGGACAAAUCCUGCCGGUCGCCGGUCCCCGCUGCCAGCAUCUGAGCCAGAGAAGGUUCCACCGCCAAAACCAGCUGAGAGAGACUCUCCUCCAACGUCUGAAUCUUUCUCUGCAAACGACCUGGACCUGCCCCCUCCGGACUACCCAAUGUGCGAGGAUGACUGGAAGGACGCCAGCAACCUGAACAAGCUGCGGGAUGAGCUCUCAGCCCUCCUGCGUUCCCCACGGAGGGAUGAGAGGCCAACGGAGAAGCCAGCGGCUCCCCGGCCCGUGUCCGGCACUGCCGAACACACCAUCAGCCACGAGCCCAGGCUCAACGGACCCCAACUGGCUAGACCUGCCGGGAAGGAUGCACAGUCACUUACAGGAGGGAAGAGUGAGAAGAAGGAGGUGCCCAGCGGAGCCCCCAGUGCCAAGGGGGGCUCUCCCAGCACGGCGCUCCCCGCUCCAGACAGCAACGCCACCACGCAGACCCGCAGCGUGAUGGAGAUAAGGAAUGAGCUGGAGGCUGUGCUGUCCCUGAAGAAAGAAGGGAAACCUGCUCCGGUGCUCAGUGGACAGAAGCAGGGCACCAAGGAUGGCAGCAGCACCCCACGGGUGAGGAAGAGCCCCCCUGACGUGAGGAAGAGCCCCCCUGACGCGAGGAAGAGCCCCCCUGACCCAGAUGACUCAGUGAUGCCAAAACCAGCCCCAAGCCCUCUCCCAGCACCAGUGGCUGCAGCAGAGAAGGAUGAAGCAGGGCAUGAGGACCAUCCUGCUCCCGCCACUAGCAAGGCUACAGAGACCUCAACCCCUGCUCCAGAGUCCCCCGAGAGCAAUAUGAGCCCCCCAGACCCACCUCAGGAACCAGCAGAGAAGCCCCCUGCUCCCACCUGCCCCUCGCCCCCGGUUUCUCCCGCACAGAGCCCAGCACCGCAGCCGGAUGCGUCCAUCUUCCAGUACAAAGUACAUCGGGCUGGGGCCAGCUUGGCCGAGCCGCCCUGUCCCACAAGCUCGGCUGAACCACCCUGCCCCACAAGCACAACCGAGCCGCCUUGCCCUACAAGUUCAGCCAGGAGCCCGCUGAGUCCCUCGGGAGCGGGGCAGGACGAGGUGCUGAUCCACCCGGUGACGGGCGAGCUGGUGGAGCGAGGCUCCCCCAUGGCGCUGCUCCUGGCAGCCCGGCAGCGCGCCCAGCGGGGACGGCAGGGUGGGGAGGUGGGAGCUGUGCCACGGGCAAAGCUACCGCUGAAAUUUGGCAGUGCCUCCUCGGAUACCACCUCCACCAGCUUCUACCGGCAUGAAUCCAAGCCCUACUCCUUCAUCGUGGUGCCACGGCCACCUGGGGUGGGUACAGCAGGGCCAGGAUGGAGCAAACCUCCAUCCUUCUCCAGCUCCUCGGAGCAGGGCAGGGAUGCACGGGCAGCGGGCGUAGCGCAGUCCUCGAGCAUCCCCGGCGACCGGCGAGCUGCUGCCUCCAGCCUGGUGCAGGGUCUCCUCGACUUGGGGCAGCCGACACGGCUAGGCACAUCCCGCCACGGCAUGGAGGAUGAGGAGGAGAACGGGGAGAUGGUGCUGGACUUUGGGAUUAUACCCCCACCCCCCGAAUUCAGCAAUGAGGUGGAAGAGGCUGAAGGGUCCUUCCCAAGCCGAGAAGAGAACCGCAAGUGCCCCAGCUUCCCUGACUACAGCCGGAACUCGGAGCCACCGCGGUACUUCAGGUGGCCUGGAUACGGCCGAGGCUACGGCUAUGGGGGCAACCAUGAGCCACCAGCCCUGCUGCCCUCGGAGAAGAGCAGGAGGAAUAGCGACUUUACGCCCCAGUACCCAGAUUACAGCAGCUCUGCCGGUUACGUUGGCCACGGUCCGACCCCGCGCCCACUGAUCAAGAAGCGCCUCUACGUCUCUGAGCCUGACAGCUCCUACCCCCGGGCAGCCCCAGCGCCUCGGGCCACCGGCACCCUGUCCUACGGCACCGGGGAGGGUGUCCGCCGCCUCAGCUCUGCCCACAGGAACGGCCCCGUGAGCGCGCAGGGCAGGCGGACGUCCCUGGAUGCUACUGGGAAAGCCAUGACCUACAGCAGUACUGGGGCUGAAGCCAAGUACAAGGGGCAGAAUGGGGAUUUCUCGUCCGCCGGUGUGGUGUCUGCCAGCAGACCUGCCCAUGGCACCUCGCAGUACAGCGGACCCACCAACACCUUCACGGUCAGGCCUGGCGCGCGGCAGCCCAUCUCCUACGUCUACCAGAGUGGCCACCGAUAGGUUCAUCUGCAGGGCUGCUCCACCACCUUUAUCUGGCUGGGAAGGGAUGAGCAGGGUGGGUCGGAUCCUCCACAGGCACCGAGGAGGAUCCCAACCCAGCCCUCAAAUGCACUGCUUGAAUCUACUGAUGGAGAAGGUGGGGGUGAACCUGGGACUUGGACUCUUCUCAAAGGACUGUUACGGAGGGUGGUUACUGCAGGAGACCGGCUGCUGUCCUGUUACGUGAGCAAAUAUGGUUUUUCUUCUCCUAUUCCCCCCUUGUAUUAUUCCCUGGUAGGUCUUGUAAGAAAGUAAAAAAGCACUCUUAGUUCUCUUUAGAGAGCAUCGCUACUGGAGAGAUUGCUUUUGGUUUGCUUUUCUUUUUCAGUUGGUUGAAAUCCCACGUGCUUAGGAGUGGGGACAAACCAGCGGGGAGAUGUGCCUUGUGGGAGCAAGCCAACGUAUAGCGCAGUGUAGGGGAAUUACAGUAAGAAUGUGAGGCCCAUGGGGUAGAACUGGAGUUUGGGGUGUCUGGAGCCUGAGCUCUUCCGUCCCCACCGCCUGCAAGAGCCUGGAGCAAAUGAACUAUGCCUUAAAAAGAAGCUCCUGGCUUUUAGUGCCUGUCCCGGCAAGCCGAGCACAGCUCUGCCCCGUGGUCUGAGCCCUCUUCUCCAGGGAGCGGCUUCAGGAGCACAAGCCUGGCUUUCCUGCUCCUUUUGGUCACUGUCGGUGUUCCUGCUGGUGGCUCUUCCUCAGGGAAGAAGGCAGUGAGGCCCGGAUGGAUGACUGUGAAGCACCUUGCUCCAUGUGCUCAGUCUCCAGUCCUUUUCCUCCGGCGACUCGUCACGGUGCUGUGCCGGCGGUGCCUUCCUUGAGGGGUCCCUUGCCACUUCGCAUCCGCAUAAACCCCUCUAAAAGCCAAACCACAGAGUCCUUACAAAAUGCUGUAGUGAGAUUGGCUUUGAUUUGCCUGAUGGGAGGGACCGAGAAGGUAAAUUCGGGUGUGGUAGUAGAGUAUUGGAUGCUCCUGCUGUGUGAAAUGUCUCCAGAAGCACUUCUCUGGGUGCUGGGUGCAUGUGCCAGCCCAUCUCGAGGUCCUGCUCGGAGCUAGCAGUGGCUGGGAGAGAGGAGAGCCUUGAGGAGGGUAUUUUAUACUCCCGAGCGAGUGAUACAGCCUCACGACGGCUGACCAAAGAUUUGAAUAGCCAGCUUCCUGGGGUUAGAAAUAGAUCAUCUUCCUCCGUGCUGCCAAUCGCUGUAAGAUAGGUGUAAAAACUUCUAGAGAAUGUUUUCUAAUCACUGGCAAACUAAAAGCACUUUGAGACAUUAGUCUACUUUUAUGGAAAGCACUUUCUGUUUUCGAUACCGAACAAUAUUGUCAGUCCCGCUCCGGUUUAUCCGGCGUGCGUAGGUGCACGUGUCAGCAUUCUGCUCUACAGGUCAACACACAACUCGGUGAUAGAUUUUCCUUCAUGGUGGAACUCUGUUGUCAUGUCUUUGAUGCUCUAUUUUUUGCUAUUUCCAGCUUUCCCUGAUAAUUUAACGGCUGUUUCAGAUCUUGCAGCAGCUUCCAAUGUUCUGAACUUUACUGUGUUGUGAAUAAAAUCAGAACAUAAAUAUCCUCGUUGGUCUGAUAGUGAAUUCAAACGGUGUCUUUAUGUCAGUGAGUUGCAGUGAUGGGAGAUUUCUAAGUGUGCUUACUGCAGCCAGGACUGAAAUAUCCUGUUUUGAAUAUCUGGGUGUUGGUUUAUGGAGAAAAAUGGCUAUAGAGUAGCUGUCUGGGGAUUGCAGUGUGCUGGUGGCUGUAGAAUAGCCUCCUGCCUUGAACGAGGACGUUGCUCCAUGCAAGGAGCAUCUGAGGAUUCUUACCUGUAGAAGCAAAGCUGUGAUCCUGUUUGAGUGGCUUCAGGGCUGUGUUUUAACACGGGAUGAAGUUUCACCAGUUUCACUUGAAACAAAACAAAGCAGCCUCUUGGAGAAUGUUGUAACCUGCUUGGUUGUUCUCCCCGAUACUUUUUUUUCCUCCCAAAGUAGUAACUGCCAAUUCUCAAAAGCAGAUUUAAAUUUAAAGGCUUGUUGGGUGACUUCAGCCUCCAGGACUGACUUUGCCCUGAAAUUGCUGUGUGUGCAAGCUUCCCCCUCUGAUUCUCCUAAAUUUGAGUGUAUCCCCAACAUUAAGCGUGUUUUUUUCUUAGGAACGUGAAACUUGGCACUUGCUUUGAAUUUUACAUUUACUAUUUCACCCCGACACGCAAUCCACGGGUAGUUGUGCCAUGGUGUUAAGAGUGUGGAGGAUCAUGUUCCUAGCAGACCUGUAUUUGUUUAGAUUAAAUAUCAGAAGUAUAACAUCCAUCGGUUUUAUGGAAUAGCCAUUAUCCAUUCACAUUGCGCCCAUUCGGGGAGCGUGUGGCAGCCUAAGCUGUAACUAAAUCGGCCAGGGCUGAGCCAACAGUGGUAAAACUAGUUGGGAGGAACAGCAGUGGAACUCUUUUAUUCUUUAAACACUUUGGGCUGUUCCUGGCUCCUUGUGAAUGCGUUAAGCACAGUUCUAGUAUUUUGGUGACAAGUGGCAUUGGGAACUGUUUGGCUUACAAAGACACCACUGUCCGAGCUGCUGGCAGCCAAAGCACUCAGUUAAAUCCAUAAUAAAGAGCGAACCUGUAUUAGAUUCCUCUUUCUGUUCCACCCCAGCUCUGUUUCACCCUAAAUACAGUGACAGCGAAGGGAGAGUGAAACGGGUUACCCUCGUAGCCCGGUCUCAGCACUGAAAGCAAUCUUGAGGCCUGAUAAUGGCAUCAUCCUCACUUCAGCUCUCUGUAGCACAGCUCACUCACUCAGGUCUUGAUAUGACUUAAAUGAUCCCCUGCAGCUGCCUUUUCCCCAAAAGCACCGGCUGAUGUAGUAUAGCCGAGAGCUUAACUUGUGAAGUGCUGAAGUCUCUUAUUUGAGUGCCACUGAACACCAACCUUC